AUGGCGGCUGCGGUGCUAGCGGCGCCGGAGGGUGGCUCUGCUGUGAUACCGGCGGGGAACGCAGCGGCUUGUCCUCCACCACCUGGUCCAUCAGGUCCGGGUUCAUGGAGCCGUUCCUUGGACCGAGCCUUAGAAGAAGCGGCGGCCAGCGGUACCCUCAGUUUGAGCGGCAGGAAGCUUCGCGACUACCCGCGGGCCAGCGCCGCCAACCACGACCUCAGCGACACCACCCAGGCCGAUUUGUCACGGAACAGACUGUCAGAGCUUCCAGCAGAAGCAUGUCACUUCGUCUCCCUUGAGAGUCUUAAUUUGUACCAGAACUGCAUUCGAUAUAUCCCAGAGGCAAUUUUGAACUUGCAGUCUUUAACAUUUCUAAAUAUCAGUCGAAACCAGCUUUCAACAUUGCCAGUACACCUCUGUAGUCUACCACUGAAAGUGUUGAUAGCCAGUAAUAACAAGUUGGUUUCAAUACCUGAAGAAAUCGGACAGCUCAGACAGCUGACAGAGCUUGAUGUGAGCUGUAAUGAAAUACAGACAAUACCUCCACAGAUUGGCAAUUUGGAAUCCUUGCGAGACCUUAAUGUCAGAAGAAAUAAUUUGGUGCGUUUACCUGAAGAGCUUGCUGAGUUGCCUUUGAUUCGAUUAGAUUUCUCCUGCAAUAAAAUAACAACAAUACCAGUUUGUUAUAGGAACCUCAGACAUCUGCAGACCAUCAUGUUAGAGAACAACCCUCUCCAGUCACCCCCUGCACAGAUAUGUAUAAAAGGAAAAAUUCAUAUAUUUAAAUACCUGAACAUAGAAGCAUGCAAGAUAGCUCCAGACUUACCUGACUAUGAUAGGAGACCCAUGGGAUUUGGAUCUUGCCAUGAGGAACUCUAUUCUGGCCGUCCCUAUGGAGCACUUGAUUCUGGCUUCAAUAGCGUGGACAGCGGAGACAAAAGGUGGUCAGGGAACGAACCAACAGAUGAGUUCUCAGAUCUUCCUUUACGUGUGGCAGAGAUCACUAAAGAACAGAGACUGCGAAGAGAAAGCCAGUAUCAGGAAAACCGAGGGAGCACAAUUGUACCUAAUGGGGGAGUGGAACAUGAUCUCGAUCAGAUUGACUAUAUUGAUAGCUGUGCCACAGAAGAGGAGGAGGAAGAGGUGAGGCAACCCAAGUGCAUGGACUCAGACAGCCUCAGCUCACAGUUCAUGGCAUAUAUUGACCAGCGGCGAAUCUCUAAUGAGAGCUCACCAGUAAAGCCUGUGUCCAAUAGAGAAUCUCAGAGAACAGAGGAUACAAGACGAUACUUGCAUCAAAACAGGGAUACUGAGGAAUUACGAAGACCUGAAACUCUAAAUUUGGUGCAGGACAGAGAGCAUCACCAAGUACUAAGGAGUUAUGUGGACAGGACAGAGAGACCCCUGGCCGAUUCACCUUACUUUCUCUCUCUAUCAAGUCACCCCAGUCAGGUGCCUAAUACAGAUCCCGAGCUGCACCGCAGGCACAUCGAGCGUACCCGUCGGGAAGCCCAGCUAGCAGCACUUCAGUACGAGGAGGAGAGGAUGAGGACAAAACAGAUUCAGAGAGAAGCUGUCCUUGACUUUGUGAAGCAAAAAGCAUCCUUAAGUCCUCAGAAGCAAAGUCCUCUGGAUAGUGAGUGUCCCUUUCCAUCCAGAAGGUCUCAGCAUACUGAUGAUAGUGCCUUGUUAGUGAAUGGCUUUGAGCCUCUGUUUGUGUUUGAGAUUGACAGUAACACCAAUACCAUUAAGAGAAGGCCAGGGACUCGCAAACAGUCACUCUCAGGGUUGAAUCAAGAAAGCUCUGCUACUACCCUGCCUAAUGCCUCUACCUUCAGUCCUGUCAAGAGUGAUGACAGAUCUGCCAUCUCCCCCGGCUCACCUACCACUCAGACAGUCCACCUUUCCCCUCCAUAUCCUGGCCAUGCAGCCCCGCCUUCCUAUAGAAACCCUUCCCAGCGACCUGAGAGUUUCCUUUUCCGAGCAGCAGCUGUCAGGGAUGAAGCAAAGAAAGCUGUUACUUCAUCUUCUACCCGUGCCUUGUCUCCUGCUAAUGAUUCUGCAGACCCUAGAGUAAGACAGAACUCCAAACAGCGAGAGGAGGAGCUGGAGCUAAUAGAGCAGCUACGUAAGAACAUCGAGUCACGGUUGAAAGUGUCCCUGCCCAGUGAUCUGGGAGCAGCUCUCACCGACGGUGUUGUUCUGUGCCAUUUAGCUAAUCAUGUACGUCCUCGGUCUGUUCCCAGCAUCCAUGUCCCCUCACCUGCUGUUCCUAAGCUUACAAUGGCAAAGUGCAGACGAAACGUGGAGAAUUUCUUGGAAGCUUGCAGAAGGAUUGGAGUGCCUCAGGACAAUCUUUGUUCCCCUUCUGACAUUCUUCAGCUAAACCUCAGCGUUAAAAGAACAGUUGAGACUCUUCUUUCCCUGGGGACAGAUUCAGAAGAAUCCAGUCUUGUCUCCCUUUCCAUUCAGCUCUGGGGCUUUGUGGUGUUUUACUGUACUCUAAUGCUAACGCUCUGUAUGUUCUAUCGCUGGGUCUUUUUCCUCUAG